AUGGAGAUCAGAGGUGAUGUUUAUAGAGUUAGUAAUAGCUUCAAAAGUGGCAAUGCUUCCAUGUGGAGGAACAAUGGCGGGGAGAUUUUUUCGAGGUCGCCUUCGCGUAGAGAAGAAGAUGAAGAAGCUCUUCGUUGGAUUGCACUAGAGAAGCUUCCGACUUAUGACCGUCUGAGGAAAGGAUUACUUUCUUCGUCGCGUGGCGAAGCUAUGGAAAUCGACGUCUUGAAUCUCGGAUUUAAAGAGAGGAAGGAUUUGAUUGAGAGGUUGGUUAAUGAAGCAGAAGAGGGUAAUGAAAAGUUCUUGUUGAAGCUCAAGAAUCGUAUUGAACGAGUUGGAAUAAAACUUCCAACAAUUGAGGUGAGAUUUGAGCAUCUCAAUGUGGAGGGAGAAGCCUAUGUGGGAAGCAGAGCUUUGCCUACAUUCCUCAACUUCUUCACUAAUAUAAUUGAGCAUUUCUUGAGUUGUCUGCAUGUUCUUUCAAGUAGAAAGAAACAUUUGACUAUCCUUAAUGAUGUUAGUGGAAUCAUAAAGCCCGGCAGAAUGACAUUGCUUUUGGGUCCUCCAAGUUCUGGAAAAACGACACUCUUAUUGGCUUUGGCGGGAAGGCUUGAAAAGGAUCUGAAGCUUUCCGGGAGGGUGACUUAUAAUGGACAUGGCAUGAAGGAGUUUGUACCCGAAAGAACUGCCGCCUACAUAAGUCAAUACGACAAUCAUAUCGGAGAAAUGACUGUGAGGGAAACCUUGGCCUUCUCUGCGAGAUGCCAAGGAGUCGGAUCACGUUAUGACAUGCUAGCAGAAUUGUCUAGAAGAGAGGCAGCAGCCAACAUUAAGCCUGAUCUAGAUCUUGAUGUCUACAUGAAGGCUGCAGCAACAGAAGGCCAAGAGACAAAUGUAGUAACUGACUAUGUUUUAAGGAUCCUGGGUUUGGAAGCCUGUGCUGAUACUAUGAUAGGAGAUGCAAUGCUAAGGGGAAUCUCUGGAGGACAAAGGAAGCGUGUCACAACCGUCGGAGCAGCAAAUGCAUUGUUCAUGGAUGAGAUUUCGACUGGCUUGGACAGCUCAACGACAUAUCAAAUUGUGAAUUCGCUGCAGAAAUGGGUUCACAUUUUAGAUGGAACCGCUGUCAUCUCUCUACUCCAGCCAGCACCAGAAACGUAUGACCUUUUUGAUGAUGUUAUUCUCCUCUCUGAUGGCCAUAUUGUGUAUCAGGGUCCUCGUGAACAAGUGCUUGAAUUUUUUGAAGCUAUGGGAUUUAAAUGCCCCGAUAGGAAAGGUGUUGCCGACUUUCUCCAAGAGGUAACGUCAAGGAAAGAUCAAGAACAAUACUGGGCACAAAAAGAUGAUCCCUACAGUUUCGUAACGGCCAAGGAAUUUGCUGAUGCAUUUCGAUCAUUCCAUGUGGGAGCGAGACUCAGAGAUGAGCUUGCAAUUCCAUUUGACAAGAGCAAGAACCACCGAGCUGCUUUGACGACCAAAAUAUAUGGUGCUAACAAGAAGGACAUCCUCAACGCUUGCUUCUCAAGAGAAUUUUUGCUGAUGAAGAGAAACUCCUUCGUCUACAUUUUCAAGCUUACUAAUUAUGCAAUAUUGGCAGUGGUAGCAGUCACGGUAUUCUUCAGGACCGAGAUGCGUCACAACUCAGUAGAGGAUGGUGGAAUUUACAUCGGUUCUUUGUUCUUUUCUGUCGCCGCCACAAUGUUUAACGGGUCGGCAGAGCUCCCGAUGACAAUUGCUAAACUUCCAGUCUUUUACAAGCAAAGGAACCUCCUUUUUUACCCUGCAUGGGCUUAUGCCCUACCAACAUGGAUUCUCAAGAUCCCGAUCUCAUUUCUGGAAGUAGCAGUUUGGGUUUUGAUUACCUACUAUUCCAUUGGAUUUGAUCCAACUAUUGAAAGGAUGUUUAAGCAAUAUAUUUUGCUAGUACUUAUCAGCCAGAUGGCCUCUGGAUUGUGCCGGUUUCUUGCAGCUACUGCCAGAGACGUGGUUACUGCCGGCACAUUUGGAUCAUUUGCAUUCCUCAUGCUUUUUGGAUUGGGUGGAUUCGUGCUAACAAGAGAUGAGAUUAAGAAAUGGUGGAUUUGGGGUUACUGGAUUUCGCCUAUGAUGUAUGGCCAGAAUGCGGUAGUAAUCAACGAGUUCUCUGGGAAAAGUUGGAGCCAUGUUGCACCAAACUCAACAGAGCCCCUAGGAGUUGCAGUUAUGAAGUCCCGAGGUUUCUUUCCUCACGCGUAUUGGUAUUGGAUUGGCGUAGGAGCAUUGAUUGGAUUCAUCCUUCUCUUCAACAUUUGUUUCACUAUAGCUCUUACUUACCUCAAUCCAUUUGUGAAUCCACAAGUUGUUGAAUCAGACGAGGAAAGUUGCUCGAGCGAAAUGCAGAAAGGGUGUGGAGAUGAAAUUAGGAACAGAGUUACUGAACAGAAUUCGAACAAGAAAAGAGGAAUGAUUCUUCCUUUUGAACCACAUUCCAUCUCCUUUUAUGAUAUUACAUACUCAGUCGACAUGCCACAGGAAAUGAAGAAUCAUGGUGUCUUAGAAGAUAAAUUGGUUCUUCUGAGGGGUGUGAGCGGCAGCUUCAGGCCUGGUGUUUUGACAGCACUUAUGGGAGUUAGUGGUGCUGGUAAAACCACCUUGAUGGAUGUUCUUGCUGGUAGGAAAACCGGUGGAUACAUUGAUGGGGACAUCAGAAUUUCUGGUUACCCUAAGAAGCAAGAAACAUUUGCCCGAAUUUCCGGAUAUUGCGAGCAGAAUGACAUCCAUUCACCACAUGUUACUGUUUACGAAUCCUUGCUCUACUCAGCAUGGCUUCGUUUCCCAGCUGAAGUUGAUUCUGAAACCAGAAAGUUGUUCAUUGAGGAAGUGAUGGAGCUUGUGGAACUCAAUCCAUUGAGGCAAGCACUUGUAGGAUUGCCUGGCAUCAAUGGUCUCUCAACUGAGCAGCGAAAAAGGUUGACUAUUGCAGUUGAGCUAGUGGCAAACCCUUCAAUUAUAUUCAUGGAUGAGCCAACUUCAGGGUUAGAUGCUAGAGCUGCUGCCAUUGUCAUGAGAACAGUUAGGAACACGGUGGACACCGGUAGAACAGUUGUGUGCACUAUCCAUCAGCCAAGUAUCGACAUCUUCGAAGCCUUUGAUGAGCUAUUACUCAUGAAGAGAGGAGGACAAGAAAUUUAUGUUGGGCCAUUAGGUCGCCAAUCUUGUCAUCUAAUCAAUUAUUUCGAGGCAAUUGAAGGUGUCAAUAAGAUAAAAGAUGGCUAUAAUCCAACAACUUGGAUGUUAGAAGUUACAACUUCAGCACAAGAAAUAGCACUUGGAGUGAAUUUUGCUGAUAUAUACAAGAAUUCAGAACUUUUCAGGAGAAACAAAGAACUUAUCAAGGAAUUGAGCACACCUAUUCCUGGCUCAAAGGAUCUCCAUUUCUCAACCGAAUAUUCACAAUCAUCCCUCACCCAAUGCAUGGCUUGUUUGUGGAAACAACACUUGUCAUACUGGCGCAACCCCACUUACACUGCCGUCAGAUUCCUCUUCAGCACUCUCAUAGCCUUGAUCUUCGGGACGAUGUUCUGGGACCUCGGGUCUAAAAGGAAAAAGCAAGAAAAUUUAAUCAAUGCAAUGGGAACAAUGUAUGUUGCUGCCCCCUUCAUUGGUGUCCAAAACGCUUCGUCCGUACAACCAGUAGUUGCAAUUGAAAGAACAGUCUUUUAUAGAGAAAGAGCCGCGAGGAUGUAUUCGAUUUUCCCCUACACAUUUGCACAGGUUAUUAUUGAGAUUCCAUAUCUUGUUAUGCAAGCCGUGGUUUACAGCGUCAUAGUCUACACAAUGAUCGGCUUUGAGUGGAAUAUUACAAAAUUCUUAUGGUACCUUUUUUUCAUAUUCUUCUCGUUAUCCCACUUCACCUUCUACGGGAUGAUGGCCAUUGCUGUGACUCCAAAUUAUCACAUUGCUUCGAUCAUUUCCGGGGCUUUCUAUGGAUUAUGGAACCUCUUCUCCGGUUUCAUCAUCCCUCUCAGUAGGACUCCGAUAUGGUGGAGAUGGUACUACUGGGCGUGUCCUGUUGCGUGGAACUUGUACGGACUGGUGGUGUCGCAGUACGGGGAUGUGAAGGAUGUUCUUGAGUCGGGCGAGACUGCGCAAGAGUUUCUGAGGCGAUAUCUUGGGUUUAGACAUGAUUUUCUAGGAGUUGUCGCUUUUGUCAAUGUUUUCAUUGCUGUGAUAUUCGCCUUCAUAUUUGCUGUUUCUAUUAAGGUGUUAAAUUUUGAAAGGCGAUAGGGAUUAGCAAGCUUUGUUGAAUAAUGGAAUAAGUACCAGCAUGUAGAGUUUUGUAUAUGUUCAUGUAAUUUUAAUGACUGGGUUAAUAUCAGUAUCACCAACCAAAUGCCUUUA